ACUUUCCCUGUUGCCAAAGCGCACACACACCGCCGAAUCGCACGAAAUAUCUUCACAACACAACAACGAAUUGCGAUUUCGAUUUCGAACUCUCCGUCUCGAAAAUCUUCUAUCUAUCCAAUUCAAUCCAUCAUUCGUUCAAUCCAUCAUUUUUUUCGUUUCACCGUUCGGAUCCGAAUCCAAUAACGAAACCGUUUCAGGUAUCUCAAACAGUUAGUCUCAGAGGGCGAGGAGAGAGAAACGGUUAAUUUGUUUUGGCCCUUACAAGUAACUGAAUGGGGGAAGAGGUGAAGACGAGCGAGUACGAUGAAGAGCGCGUGAUGGAGUGGGAGUUGGGUCUCCCCACCGCCAACGAUCUCACACCUCUAUCUCAGCCGCUGAUUCCGCCGGAGCUAGCCACCGCCUUCAGCAUCUCGCCGGAGCCCCACCGCACACUUUUCGACGUCAACCGUGCCUCACGCAAUACCCUCUCCACGCUCCGCGGCGGUGGAAGCGUGCACCAGGCGUUCUCCUCCAACAACAACAACGUCUACGACGAAGACGACGACGACGACACGGAUCGGGACGGUUCUGGCUCCGAUUCCAGGAAACAGCGGAAGAUCGAUUGCGUGGAGGAGGCGGAUUCGGCGGUUCGCACGGAGAACUCGGCGGACAGGACGACGCUGAAGCGGCCGAGGUUGGUGUGGACCCCGCAGCUGCACAAGCGGUUCGUUGACGUGGUGGCGCACCUAGGGAUCAAGAACGCGGUUCCUAAAACGAUUAUGCAGUUGAUGAACGUGGAGGGGUUGACUCGAGAGAAUGUGGCUAGCCACCUACAGAAGUAUCGGCUAUACUUGAAGAGGAUGCAGGGACUCUCGAACGAGGGUCCUUCUUCCUCCGAUCAGUUAUUCGCUUCGACUCCUGUGCCUCAGAGUUUGCAUGACUCUGGUACUCCCAGUGCUCAUUCCCAUGGCAAUGGCCAUCUUCCUGUUCCCAUUCCCAUGCCUUAUCCACCUCCUAUGAUGUCCAUGCCUGUUCUUGGCAUGCCUCAUGCCCAUGGCCCCAUGGCCAUCCCCAUGCCUACUUCUUCCGCCACUUCCGGUUACCAUCCUUAUAACAUGUUGCACCAAAGGGAUUGGCCUCAUCUUGCUCCUAAUGAUAAAUAAUUCAUCUUCCGCUUUUUUCUCACUCAAGAUUCAAAGAUUUAUUUGUUUGUCAUGACUUUAAAAAGACGAGAAGGGAAGUAGCUGCAUUGAUCAUGAGUAUCACCCUGGAAAUCAUACAAACCGAUUCUUAAAGCAAGUAUAUGAAGACUUUGUGGAGCCAAAUUACAAUCUGAAUCAGUAGUAUGUACCCUUUGGGCAGAUGUAUAAAGUUAUUGGCAGGCAUCUCUAAUUCAUGUCAGUCUGUCACCUAAUUGUACGACGAGAACUCUGUCAAAGUUCUUUUGGUCUCUGCUUAGACAGCUGAUCCUAAAGUAAAUUCUUAACUAGUUCUCUGAUUCAUAAAUUAUAAUUCUAUUCUAUUGUGUAAUACUGGAUGUGUUGACCUUCUUUUUCAGAAUCAUUGCAAAAUUGAAUAAAAGAGAGACUGAACAGCAUUCAGCAAACAUUUAUCCCAUGAUCUGGCAAAUGUAUUUCUAUAUCUUUAAGCUCUUGCUUCCAUUUUCUUAAACUGAAUGCUAUCGGUUUUCAUGCUAAGAAACGUUACAGAGGGAGAAGAACGGGAUUUUUAUUUUGCAUACACAGAGGCACAACGCACGCAGACACCCAAACACACUCACAUCUCUACCGUUAAGAGUUCUUGUUUGACUCCUGACGCAAUGCACUUGUCUCUUUACCUUUAAGAAAAGUAACUGCACUUGUGGUCUUUUUGUGUUAACGGGCAGACGUCAACCAUUCUAUGGUUUACUUGAUUUAGAGAGUAUGCACUAACGAAGGGAAGGCACAAUAUAUUUUGAUCAAAAUAAAUAGGAGUUUGGGGAAGGUCGAUCUAUAAAGUUUGUAAGUUUACUUCUUUCGGUAGUACUUAUUUGUACUCUUAUUGAACACAUUCAUCUAGUGGAUAAGGCUUGUUUAAGCUUGUGCCUUCCUUGUACUGCUUUGCGUAUUGAAUUUUUAAAAUGAAAGGAUAAAAAGUAGCUAAAAGAUUCAAAGCACAAGGAGAGCUGGUUGGAG